CCCCACUUUAAUAACGAAUGGCAAGGCUGGAGCUGCAGUCGCUGCCCGUUGAGCUUCAGAAGGCAUACCUUCCAAUACCUUAGUACUACCUAGUACUGUAUGUUAAGUAGCACCUUUUGUAUCUUUACAUAUUUCAUGCCAAUUCGCAACCACGCGACUCCUAAUUUGAUCCAAUAACCGAACAUAAACUUUACUUUUCUAUUUCCAACAUCUAUCUGAUCUUUAUCAAUCUUCACCUCUUUCCGAGUACGCACAACAUCAACAUGGCUGCGACGAAGCAGUCUGUGAAGGAAGCGCAAUCGCUUGCCAGCACCGACCCGCGAAAAGCUGAAGCUAUCUACAAGGAUUUCAUAUCUAAACCCCCCUCAGUUACCUCGGACGCAGCUAUCAAGGAAUAUGAAACCGCUCUCAUAAGUUUGGGUGAGCUGUAUCGGGAUGAGAAGAAGCCGAAGGAUCUUGUCGACCUCGUUACCACUAGCAGAACUGUCCUCUCAAGCUUUGCGAAAGCCAAGACAGCCAAGUUGGUUCGUCAACUCCUUGACCUUUUCGACGCUAUCCCGAAUACUACCGACAUCCAGAUCGGUGUUACCAAAUCAUGCAUAGAAUGGGCUACCUCCGAGAGACGAAGUUUCCUGCGCCAAAAUCUCGAGACGAGACUCGUUGCCUUAUAUAUGGCCAAGCAAUCAUACUACGACGCCCUAACCCUCAUCAACGGCUUAUUGCGCGAACUGAAGCGCCUCGACGACAAGUUAGUGCUGGUGGAGGUUCAACUGCUAGAGUCAAGGGUAUACCAUGCAUUGGGCAACAACUCCAAGGCCCGCGCUGCUCUCACGAGCGCCAGAACAAGCGCCGCCUCCGUAUACACCCCUCCCUUACUCCAAGCCAACUUAGAUAUGCAGUCGGGUAUGUUACAUACUAUGGAUCAGGACUUCAACACAGCAUUCUCCUACUUCAUCGAGGCCCUCGAUGGUUAUCACACCCAGGAUGAGCCUGCUAAGGCUACCGCUGCGUUGCAGUACAUGCUAUUAUGCAAAAUCAUGCUGAACUUGGUUGAUGAUGUAAACAACCUGAUGGCGUCGAAGCAGGCACAGAAGUACGCCGGCCAGAAUCUCGAGGCUAUGAAGGCUAUCGCACGCGCACACUCGAACCGCUCUCUGGAAGAGUACGAACGCGCGUUAGCAGCAUACCGAUACGAACUAGGCAGCGACGCCUUUAUCCGUAACCACUUGCGCCGCCUGUACGACGCCAUGCUUGAGCAGAAUCUAAUCAAGGUUAUCGAGCCCUUCAGCCGCGUCGAGAUUGCUCACAUUGCGAAGAUGGUGGGCCUCGACACUCAGCAGGUGGAGCGCAAACUUUCCCAAAUGAUUCUAGACAAGGUUAUCAUCGGUGUGCUCGACCAGGGCGCUGGCUGCCUGAUUAUCUUCGACGAGACGCAGCGCGACGAAUCAUACGAUGCUGCUCUCCAGACCAUCGAGAAGUUGAGCAACGUCGUCGAUGUGCUCUACACUAACCAAGCUUCUAUGCUCGAGUAGUGGGUGACCUAUCUACCUAGCUUUGAAGUCGGAGAGGCGAGGGAAAGGAACCCCCCGAGGCGGACGCGCACGACCUUGCAACGAAUAGAAGGGAGAUGAGAUGAGGACG